CUAUUCAACUUUAGUAAUUCCGUCUCGACCCUUGAAGCGCAACAUCAUCACAUAUGCAGACGUGUUCACUCUACUAAAUCAAGACCAGCUGGUUAAAUUACUUUUCUUUUUUCAUUCCGGAUAUCAAUAGUAUAUAACAGAUAUAGCCUAGGUCUCAAUGGGAUUGCAUCAGAGAUAGACGAAACAAAAGUCAGAAAACCUUCCUUUAAACAAAAAAUUGUUUUCCUUAGUCCCAUGAAUUGACUUUUCAAAAUGCGAUCGUCGAAGUUGGUGUUUGUUGGACUGGCAAUAAUUAUUGUCGUUAUUAUGUCCAUGUAUUUGAUGUUGGAUCAAACCGGAUUUCCUCAAGAAUUUCCAGGGCAGGCAAGAAUGUCAGAGCAAGACAUCGCUCUCUUAGAAAGCAAGGUGACGGCUCUAGAAGGAGACCUGUCUAAGAACCACAUGGUGAUUAGUCAGCUCCGAGAUGCAGUCCGUUCCUUAGCCAAGGGUCAGGUACCAUCCAACCUGGAUGCCCUCGUCAAACCCAUUGAUUCGGCCCACCAUGUCCAGGAACAGGAAGGCUGGUUUGGGUUCGGCAAGAAGAAGGGUCCUGGACCAGGACUGCCCAUGGGUGGGGAUCCGGCUGCAGGAGGCGUGGCUAAUCACAAGGACCAGUUUGUUGUGGCAGAGGGUCAGGUCCAUGUGGAGCCAGGGGAGUGUAAAUUUGCUAACACGCCCUCCGGAAAUACCACAGAUGUACAGAUGAUGCAAGUUUAUGAGAAGCUUCGUUUUGACAAUGCGAAUGGUGGCGUGUGGAAGCAAGGCUUUGACAUCAGCUAUGACCAUAAUAAAUGGAACGAGGAUCCUCUCAAGAUCUUCGUUGUUCCACAUUCCCAUAAUGAUCCAGGUUGGAUCAAGACUUUUACCAAGUAUUUUACGGACCAGACCUCAAAAAUCUUAGAUACUAUGGUGAAGAAGAUGGAAGAGCAUCCGAAGAUGACAUUCAUCUGGGCGGAGAUCUCGUAUCUCUCCAUGUGGUGGGAAAAGGCUGAUAAUAACAAGAGACAAAUUGUGAAAAAGUUAGUACAGAGUGGGCGGCUUGAGAUUGUGACAGGAGGAUGGGUGAUGAGCGAUGAGGCAAACACUAACUACUUUGCUAUGGUGGAUCAGAUGAUAGAAGGCCAUGAAUGGCUGGAUGCAUUCUUGCCAGGAGUGAAGCCUAAGAGUGGAUGGGCGAUCGAUCCGUUUGGUAUGUCUCCCACCAUGGCUUAUGUUCUACAGAGGAUGGGCUUGGAAGCCAUGAUUAUCCAGAGGGUUCAUUAUGAAAUCAAGAAGUAUUUCGCUCAGCAGAAGACGUUGGAAUUCAUGUGGAGGCAAAACUGGGAUCAUGGGACAAGCACAGAUAUGUUCUGUCACAUGAUGCCUUUCUACAGCUAUGAUGUACCUCAUACCUGUGGACCAGACCCUAAGGUCUGUUGUCAGUUUGACUUCAAGAGACUGCCAGGAGGGCGGAUCAACUGCCCUUGGAAGAUUGCUCCCGUACCCAUCACUGAUGCUAACGUGGCAAGCAAGGCUGAAAUUCUUUUGGACCAGUACAGAAAGAAGUCCGAGCUGUACAAGAGCAACGUUCUGUUGAUCCAGCUGGGAGAUGAUUUUAGGUAUGACAAACCGGAAGAAUGGGACAACCAGUAUAAGAACUACAUGAAGCUCUUUGAGUACAUGAACAAGAGAACCGACUGGCACGUACAGGCCCAGUUUGGCACUCUGACUGACUACUUCACCUCCCUGUGGCAGCAUACCAACACAAUGGCCGGCCAGCAACCUGAGGGCUACCCUACCCUCAGCGGAGACUUCUUUACCUACACUGACCGGGAUGACCACUACUGGAGUGGCUACUACACCUCCAGACCGUUCUAUAAGAACAUGGAUAGGGCCCUGGAGGGUCAACUCAGGGCUGCAGAGAUAAUGUUCACAUAUACCAAUGCCCAAGCAAAGCAGAGCGGAACCACUAGUUACCCCUCUGAGAGUCUGGUUGGAAUGUUAACCAAUGCCAGGAGACAGCUAGGAUUGUUCCAACAUCACGAUGGAAUCACAGGCACAGCCAAGGAUCACGUCGUUGUUGAUUAUGGAAACAGAAUGCUUAAUGCGAUUAAUGAGAUGCGUAAAGUUAUGAUGACUAGCAUUCAUUAUCUACUGAGUCCAGACAAAAAGAGCUAUCACCCACAGGCUUCAUACUUCGAUGUGGAUGAAGAAAGGCAGUCACAUGACGCAAUGCCCACAAAGAAAGUACUCAAGCUUUCAAGUGAAGCUCACAGUGUUGUAGUGUUCUACAACUCGUUAGCUCAGCAUAGGAAAGAACUGGUCAGGCUGCAUGUAUCAUCACCAAACGUUGUAGUCACAGACUCGGAUGGAAAUGCCAUUGAAAGUCAGGCUAACAUCCUGUGGGAGACUGCAGAGCAUAGCUUCUCAGGAACAUAUGAGCUUGUAUUUGUUGUAGAGAUAGGCCCAUUGACUGUGAGUAAAUACCUGAUUCGUGAUAUGGGUUCUAGCUUCUCUCAGCAUCAUCAUUUAUCUACAACAGAGCUUUAUCAUGGUUCGAAGGAAGAGGAUGGUAACAAUGGUCCAUUUAAAGUGAGAACCACGACUGACGACCUGGAAGAGAUCAAACUUGAGAAUUCUCAUAUGGAUGUUUUAUUUGAUGGAAAAAAGGGCAUGUUGAAGUCAAUCUUAACGAAAACAGACAACCACAACAUCAGGACAAACGUAGAAAUUGAAUUUGUGACGUACGGCACAGGGAGAGAUAAGACGAAGAGUGGUGCCUAUCUAUUCAUGCCAGAUGGUGAUGCUCAUCCUCUUGACCCGCCAUCCCAAAUUCCUAUCCGAGUGACGAGAGGCCCUCUAGAGUCCCACGUAGAUGUCAUACUCUACUGUGUCAGGCAUACAGUUAUUUUAUCAAAUACACCAGGUGCUGAUGGAACAGCUCUAUCCAUUAAAAAUAUCUUGGAUAUCAGGAAUAUGCAGAAUAAAGAGCUGGUGAUGAGAAUAAAAUCAGACGUGAGAAACUCUGAUCGUGUCUUUUACACAGAUCUCAAUGGAUUUCAGAUGCAAAAAAGGAAAAUCUUAGACAAGCUACCUCUUCAAGCCCAUUUUUACCCCAUGCCAGCUAUGGCUUAUAUAGAAGAUAGCUCAACAAGGCUUACCUUACAUUCAGCACAGCCUCUAGGAGUGAGUGGUUUGAAAGAAGGGUGGCUUGAGGUAGUGCUUGACCGUCGACUCAUGCAGGAUGACUCAAGGGGACUCCAGCAAGGGGUCACAGACAACAAGCUGACCCCGGACUACUUCCUCUUACAGGUAGAGAGGAGACACAUGGGCAAUACUCAGGUUAGGAAUAUACCAUUCUCACUCUGGGGAAUGCUGGGAGGAUAUAAGGCAUCCAGCAUUCCAAUCAGCUAUCCUUCUCUUCAGAGUCAUCAUCAUGCUGCCAGUCUAAAUAAUCCUAUUUACAUCCACCAUGGAACUGUUCCAGAGGUUGGAGAAAACUCACAGAAUAAGCUCCUAGCAGGGCAUAGUUUUAUAGAUACAACAUUACCAUGUGAUGUUCAUUUAUUAAAUUUCAGGACAAGAGUUUCACAAGAAACUACUCCACUCAAGCCCAAGCGUGAAGCCUUGUUGAUAUUGCAUAGGAAAGGCUUCGAUUGCGGUUUUCCAACUGCCGGCAUUCAAUGUGCAACAAAUGAGGGACGGAUUGAUCCGUCAUCAUUACUGAGCUCUGUGAGUACCCGAGGCGUCGUUGCCACUUCACUGUCUGCUAUGUACGAUGGACAAGAGGUCUCCAAAACAGCCCAGCUUGAAGUAGAGCCUAUGGAACUUAAAACAUAUAAGGUUCAAUUCCAAUAAUCAAAUGAAAUGCUGAGAGGACUGUUAAUGCUUCUGUUUUAGUUCUUUACGAUGAAAUAUAGGCAAUCUGGAAUAUGACAUUGAAUCGCAUGGCAAAUCUCAUGUACGGUAUUCUAUCAUGAAUAGGAUAUUGUGCAUUAAUGUAUUCAGUGCCACUGCGCAUUCAAUAGAUGCCGUACUUUUUUAACAAUAGAAUAUAUUAUAUUUUUGUUUGCUGCCUCAUAGUCAAUCAUGUUCCAUGACAUGUUAAGCGUAAAUAUCAUAACAAAAGUUAGAAGCUUUUGUGUGUUAAAUGAGCUAGGUGAGGGAGGAGGAGGAGGGGGGGGGGGUAGAAUAUACACUCCCAUGUUUUGUGAACGUGUAGUUGCAAUCAAACAAAAUUUGCUGAGUUUGUGAACAUCAAAUUUCAAGUAUGUUGGUUAUCAAUGAAUAAUUGUUGUUGUUGUAGUAAUCACUCUGCUCUAUUGGAUUGAAUUUUGGGUUACAUACUUAUCAGUGUGCAUUACUUCUAUACCUAUACCAUGUGCACAUGUUGAAGAAGCGAUAUGAGCGCAGUCAGCAUUAAAGAUUUCAGCAAGGGCAGUAAUGAGUUGCAAAUGCAAGAUGAAUUGUGUGUGAAUGUGAGACAAGCCACAAAUAUUCAAAUAUGGCUCUGAUUUCCAUGUUUGUUUAUCAAAGAAAUCAAUGAAAUAAUUUAUCAUAAUUUUGUUGUUAUCAAAUUGGGAUUCAGGAGUUGUUGCAAAAAGAAUUAAUUAAUCUAACGACUUACUUCAUCUUAAUGUAGCAAAUAGUUGUGAUUUUCCAGCCUGUAAAUGAUUACUUAACUAUACACUUUAUCAAUGAACUUCUCUAGUUAGAUAUUUAUUAUGAAUUCUCUAUAAUUAUGUAAUUGAAAUUAUCAUUAGUGAUGUAAAGGAGGAGUAACAGCAUAUAAAUGCUCUCCUCUUCAAUGUCUGACCAGGAUGCCAAUUUGAUGUUAAAUUUUAAACUUUCUCUGAGGCAGCUGAAGAUACCAAGUUUUGUCUGCUCCUGGUUUAAAAAAAUUGUUUUCCUAUACUGGACAUCAUUCCUUUCAUGUGAUUAGAUGAAUCUGAUAUGGAGAAGGUUUGGGAAGGUUAGCUGACUGUAUAUAACGUUUUACUCUUAGAAAUGCAAUAGUUUGAAAAAUAUACUUUGAUCAAUGGUUGUCUUCGAUCUAUCUAUGGUACUGCAUACUCCAUAAAACUUUUUGUAUGCCAACUGCAUGGAACAUGUGUCAAAAGAUGAUAGAAAUGAUUUUAGUUUGUAGUAUACAUGUCAAUUUGCUCAUGAACUUGAACUGGCAAAUUUUUUCUUUUCUUUCUUUCUAAAGAAGAAAUUGAGCUCAAAGGUAUAAAUAUAUUUUAUUUAGGUUAUAGUGGAAUUGGAAAAAACAAAGGACAACCUGUCUCUAUUUUUGUGUCUUCUCUGUUUUAUGCCUGUGUGUUAAAUAGAAUUUAAGAAUGUGAUUGCUAUGAAUUGAAUAGGUAGCUAGAAUUUCUGUUUUUGAAUUGCAUGCAUUGUACAUUGAUCAUUUAUUAAGCAAAUCCGGAAAAUGCCUGAAAAAGUCAAAAUGAAUCAUGUAGGAAGGACUGUGUUUAGCUUUGUAUCUAUGCCUUUUAUAAAGCUUUACAGUUAGUUCAAGGUAAUAGUGAUGUGCCUUAAUUCUGAUACUUUGUAACAUUCUAGAUCAUCUGUCUGUUAAUAGGUGAACACCUUUUGAUAAUAAAACCAAAUUUCAGUCAUA